UGGUGUCCGGCGAUCCACCAGAGGUGGAAAGAAAGGCGCGCCGCGAGCUAACCAUCCUAGGCCGGCCUCUGCUCGAUCGAUCGGCCGAUUCGAUUCCCCUGCCGGCCGGCCUGGCUCGCCGAUAUGAUGAUUUUACUGCAAGCGUUUUCUGGGGCAUCGUAAACUGUUGUGUCCAUCCGGCGUCCAGUUCCCCGACAGGGACAGGCCGAGGCGGAGCCCCACCAUGCGGCAGGCAGGCAAGGCCAUUGGCCAUCUGCCCUCGCUCCCUUCCCCGCAUGAUACCAUAUCAUGGCGCGCCCGGGACUCCCUCCUCCAGUGGGGAUCGGAGCUGCCACAACACUCUUCCUGUGAAGCCGGCAAGCCGCCUGGCCUGAGGCCUGAGCUCGGUAGCGGCAGGGGUUGAUUAGGUAGUAGAAACCCGCCAAUGGACAGGGUCUUCGGCUCCUGUAUACCGGGCAUGGAGGCGGCGGCGGCGGACAGGGACGAGGAGGGGCUGGAGCUCAGCCUGUCGCUGCACCCGUCGCCGUGGUCGCCGCCGUCGUCGCCGCCGAGGUUCCAGGCGGUCUUCGCCUGCUGCUACUGCCCCAGGAAGUUCCGCAGCUCGCAGGCGCUCGGCGGCCACCAGAACGCGCACAAGCUGCAGCGCAACCUGGCCAGGCGCGGCCGGGAGGCCGCCUCCGCGCCGCCGCCGCCGGCGGCGGUAGCCGACCAAGGUAAUAACAGCAGGGCGUCCGGCAGCUUGAGCGCGCCGGCGCCGCGCUCCAGGGCGGAACCGGGCGCCGAUGCGUGGGGGGAGGGGAGGCAUCGUCGCCAGCAUCAUCUUCACCAGGGCCUGCAGACAGGCGGCGCGGAAGCCUCGUCCGGCGCACGGGGCGGCGGAGGUGAUGCCGAGGAGGUUAUUGACCUGUCCCUGAAGCUAUGAACUCAUGCAUGCGUGAGCUAGGCACCAGCAGCGCCAGCGCAGCUCCUCCUCCUCUUCUCCUCAAUUAGUUUGCUUAGCUUCUUUCCUUCGUCACGUCAUUAUUUCUUGUUUGAUCUGUCGUACGUGCUAUUCCUUUGUCGUCUCAGCUUAUGGAAUAUGGACUACCCAUUCUCAUUGAGCGAUUGUGAUGUUCAGUUCAGGGAUCACGCAGGGAUUAACUUGAGUAAUAGUUAGGAGCACUCAUCAGAACCUUCUUCUUGAAUUCCUUGUACUGCUAGAGUGCUAGUGCUGAUCUCUUUGUAAAUAAUAUUCUGUCCUGCUACAAUUGCUUUGAGCUCAGCUUUCUAGAGGUCUCAGAUCGAUAACUGCUACCUUAGCUUGCUGCUUUA